AUGCGUUUACUCGUGGUCUCCACGCUACGGAGAGUCUGACCGACUAGCUACAGUAAGUAGAUAACAUACGCGGGAGUCGAUAGACGUCCGUCGUUGUGACUUCUUGUGCCUUCAUUACACAGAGCAAGCCGACCCGGUCGAGGAAAAUGUUUGCUUAGGGUCAUCAUUUAACAGCCGCAAAUAUUAUCGAGAGUAAACAAUGGCCGAACGCGUGGGAGUUGCGGGUGCUGAGCUGGCUGGCACUACAGCGCUAAGUGCAUUUUUGGGUUCCCCCCUCUGUACUCUGGUCCUUCCAAAUGCUCUGUUGCUCCGCUUGUAUGAGGAGGGCAAGGGAUACACAGCAGGGGUGAACACUUGCAUCUCAGGACAGCUCCUGACAUUGGACUCAACCUGCACCAGGAUAGAGACAUCUAUUCGCAAGGCUGCGAGCAGACUCCAUAAGCAGAACGAGGAGGUUGGCAAAGGGGUCAAAAAAAAAAUUUUGUAGAUUUGGUUGAUUAUAUCUAGUGGU